AUAAUAGAAAUCGGUUUAGAAAUUGGAUUCCCCUCUUGGACAGAAAUCUGUGUAAAAAAUAUAAUGCUUGACGAAUUUCCAACCUUCAUGAUUAACGCAAUCAAUACCAACUUUGAUACCUUAGUCAUUAGCUCAUUCCCUAUU